AUGGCCGGCAUUAUGGGAGCUAAGAGCCUUGAUGGAAGUAUGUUCAUGACAGAAACCAUGUUCAACAACUUCAAGAAGGGUCUUACUACUCUGCAGCUGCUAACGCACGAGACGAUGAAUGACACCUACGACUCCUUCUUGAAACUGCGUGCCAAAGAGCAGGGUCUUGCAUUCCAGACUCCGACUGACAGGGCGAUCAUCAGGUUAGCCUGCUGUUCGCGAGUUUUCGACGAAGAGGGUGGUCGAGCGGUAUUGGACGCGUGGAAUCAGCUGGAGCCGAACGAGCAGACGAAGCUCACUGACUAUCUCAACCGCGACGGAAUUCACAAGUCGCCUGGUUUCCUUAUCUACUAUAUGCCGGCUUUCAUGGAGAACGCUCGGAAGAAUCCUGAUGUCGGUUUGGUUCUGGCGAUGCGCCUUCUCUUGAGGAUCUAUGAUGCUGCUGCUGUGGAGUAUGGGGUGUCUUCUGAACCUUACGGAGAUGCCUUGCACUAUCCUGGUUCGCAAUCAGAAAGGUCGGCCUCGGAGGAUUCGGAUGUUAUCACCAUUCACAUCGCGGAGGUCGCUGAACUUGCUCGCCAAUGUGACUCGGCUGUUGUCUUCAAGUCUACCUUUUUCCGCAUCCACCGAGCUGAGGGAGACCGGGGUAAGUGCGAGGGGCAAGUCAGACUGGCACCAUGGCGGCUCUGGACGUCGGAGGAGAAACUUGCGGCACUGAGUGCUUUUGGCCGGAAAAAUGCUGAGUUCUUGCUGGGGGGUAGCUGCGAGCAGACAAAGCUCCUCGAUGAUUUCAAGAGGAUCUACCCGGAGCUGCAGUACUUUCGAGACACUAUCGGGAAUACUGAUUGUUCUCCUGAUGCGAUUCACCCUUCUGCUACGCUUUCGGACAGUGAAUCUGAGUAUAGGCGGACUGUUUGCGCGAUGCUCUGUGUCUACUGGAUCUGCACUGACAACUACG